UGCGCUGUUCUGCGCGCUGAGCCGAGGCGCGUCUGGUCUGGAGUUUAUUCAUCAACGCACUAAAACGUUGGUAUUAUUCGGGGUUUAAGGACGCACGUCAUGGUGUGAAAAGAAAAUACUGACUGAUGGGCAGCUAAACGGAUUGAGACGGUCCGUCGAGAGAAAGAAUAAGAGAAGAUAGUGAGAGAGAGAGAGCGAGGACGAAUAAUCCAGCUAAUCCUGGCCAAUCCCAGCCGUUCAGACUCCUCUGGAGCCACAGACAAAACACGGCGGAUCACACACACAUCUGAUGUGCUUUAGACAGGCUGUUUUGGGGAUCCUGGGAUGCCAAAGGCCUGCGGUGGUAUUCGUAAACACUAAAACAACAGAUUAGAGUGACCGUUGGAUGCCAGAUAAUUGCCAGAGAGCAAAGAACAGAAAGUGAGGGACCACAUGAGCAUUUACGUGUAGAAGAUGAAAAGCUUGCAAUGACAAAAACACUCCUUCACAGAUUUCACCUUGACAAGCAUGGAUAUAAAUUGAGAGCUGCAGAUUUUCUUCAGAUAACUGAACAUUCAUUACAGUCCCAUGUGUUUUGUGCUGAAGAAGAGCUGAUUCAGACUUUCCUUCAAAAACUACUGAUAAUGGACUACAGAGCAAGAUACAUUAAUGUUGAGACCAAUGACGAAGGUCACAACCAACAAGGCAGCAGUGAUUCGCCUAUACAGGAAGCAGAUUGUGAUGAUAUAUUUUUUGAAUUAAUGUCUAACAGAGAAAGAAGUAAAUUUGACCCUGUGCACCCAAUGGAUGUUCAGAUGGUUGUGUUUCAUUGUGCUGAUGGUUUCCUGAAGCAGCUAAUGGUGACUAAACUGUCCCAGUGUCAGUACGCUCUGCCUUUGCUUGUUCCUGAUCCAUUCACACAACAGAUUGAGUUUCCUCUCUGGACAUUCAGACAAAUCAACAAGAGCUGGAAGAUGACAAACAUCAACAAUGAAACGAUCAGUCAAACCCAGCCGAUCUACAAGGCAGAAACUCCAAUGGUGUUUUUCUUCAGGUUUGGCUCUGUGUCUUCAUCCAAGUCUCAGCUGAUGAAUAGUUUGAUCAAUGAGAAACACAACACGUUCUUUCACAGGAACUGCCCAGGCAGCAGCAGCACCAGAGUCCUGAUGGAUGGAGUGGUGGAGAUUGCCUGGUUCUGCCCCUCUGGGAAAAACGUGGAUAAAUUCAGUAACCUGUGCAUUCUGUAAUCUACAUGGAGAUGCAGGAGUCCAUGAGAAACAGC